AUGUCCGACGAGGACGCUCCGUCGCUUCCCUCCAAAGAGCAACCAUCCCUCUGGACCCGUUUUAGCACUCGCAUCAACGAUGCAUUUAGCGGCGCAGACCCACGAUCGUCUCUCAUACUUACACAUUACACAGGCCUGAUCAACAACGUCAUAUACGUGAUUAUCUUAUCAGCAGCUGUAGAUCUAGUCGGACCCGAUGUGCCCAAAGGCGUCGUCCUCCUCGCAGAUGUGAUCCCCUCAUUCGCGACCAAAUUGGUCGCCCCGUACUUUAUCCACCUGGUCCCGUAUUGGAUGCGCAUCCUGAUCUUCGUCUUCUUGUCUUCCGUUGGCAUGCUAGUCGUCGCUAUGAGCCCCAGUUAUACUGAUGGAGGAACCAUAUCAUCGAAGAUCGCGGGUAUUAUCCUGGCUAGCUUUUCCAGCGGUGGUGGUGAGCUGAGUUUCAUGGGUCUUACGCAUUUCUAUGGGCCGUUUAGUCUGGCUUCAUGGGGAAGUGGUACUGGUGCUGCCGGUUUGGUGGGUGCUGGUGCCUAUGCCUUGGCGACUUCGGCGUUGGGAUUCUCUGUUCAUGUCACGCUGCUGGUCUCGGCUUGUUUGCCGGCUAUUAUGGCUAUGAGCUUCUUUCUCGUGCUACCGAAGGCUCCCCUGCGAUCUUCUGAGGCUGGUGCUGAUAGAUAUCGCGUUGUUGAGGGAGGUGAACAAGUGGAAGAGGAUGAGAUGGAUGGGGAGAAUGAGGGUCUGCUUGGCUCCUCUCACAGUGGCUCCAAUAUCCCUAAAUCGGUGCAUGUCAAUGACGAAGGUCCUUGGCAAGACCGGGCUCUAGCCAAUUUGCGCCGUGUCAAAGGGCUUUUUAUUCCAUUCAUGGUCCCAAUGUUGUUGGUCUACAUUGCCGAGUAUGUGAUCAACCAAGGAGUUUCUCCUACUUUACUCUUCCCCUUGCGCGAAUCGCCCUUCGAGCACUUCCGGUCCUUCUAUCCCACCUACAAUGCCAUUUACCAAAUCGGCGUGUUCGUCUCCCGCUCCUCGACCCCAUUCUACCGCAUCCACAAUCUUUACAUCCCCUCGCUCCUCCAGGUAGCCAACCUCAUAUUGUUGACCCUGCACGCCCUGUUUGAUUUCAUUCCCAGUGUAUGGAUUGUUUUCAUUAUCGUUUUUUGGGAAGGUCUCCUCGGUGGAGUGGUAUACGUCAACACCUUUGCUGAGAUUGCCGAUCGCGUGCCCAAGGAAGAUCGUGAGUUCUCACUCGGCGCUACUACUGUCAGUGAUUCCGGUGGUAUCUGUAUUGCCGGAUUCCUCAAUCACGUUCUGGGGAGGCCAUCCACCCGUUUCCGCAAGAUCCAAGUCUUUGCAGUGGUCUCCUUUUGGUCAGUAUACUUGUUAAGAGCAGAUAGACAUGGCCCACUAUUCAUUCGAAAGCUCUCCUCCCGAUUCACCGGCAAGUUGACAACAUGGCAGACGACAGUCAUCAUCUUCCUCUGGCUAUACCUAAGCCGGAACUUCGCCAAGAUCGUUGGCCUGGAAUGCCCUGAACCGUUAGCAAAUAUGUAUUCGCGAUCAUUUUUCCGAGCGACAUGGAUUACCACAGGCUUGGACGCUGGUUUUUGGACAGCGAUGAACAUCAAACCGAAGUGGCUACGAGAUAUUGCGUCGCUAGUCUUCACAGCUUACUAUCUCAUUGCUGCGGAACAUGCAGAUGAGAAGGUUCGCAGGGUCCGGGCAACAUUGACGCUUGAGCAUCUGCGAGUAUCUUGGAACAAGGCUACCAGUCCCUAUCUGUGGACUCUGGCAAAACUCGUACGCCCACGACUCACUCGGUAUCCAGCUCGGGCGAUCCGGAUUCCCCGUCCUGCAAACUCUGUCUACACGGAGCCAGUGAGCGCAUGGCUUUACUUUGAUGGCCCAUUAAGUGCGUUACGCGAUCAGACUAGCUUGGUGCUAGAUGUCCCCGGAGGUGGCUUUGUUGCCAUGAGCCCCAGGAACUCCGAAGACAAGCUCUUAUCUUGGGCUGGACGAUUGAAAGUUCCGAUUCUUAGCGUUGAUUACAAAAAAGCGCCCGAAUAUGCGUAUCCAUAUGCGCUGCACGAAUGUUACGAUGUUUAUCAUAGCAUCAUUGCCACGAAUGGUCGAUGUAUGGGUCUCAGCGGCACGGAUCGUCCUCGCAUUUUGGUUACGGGUGAAAGUGCUGGUGGAAAUUUAGCUGUGGGAAUGACUUUGAUGAUUUUACAGACUGCCAUGGGACAAGGAUGGCGUGGAGACGAUGUGCUUCCAAGUCCUGAUGGGCUGGUUUUGGGGUAUCCGGCUCUGAACAUGAGGGUUGAGAGCUGGAUGAGUGAUGAACAGAUGUCACUCAUUCAAGACAAGAGCUCACGCCAAACCAACCGCGGUGUUCUUCAACGAAAACAGGAUCAAUAUCGAAAGCUCACACCGUUUACAUCGCCAGGACACUCGGUUGAAGACUUGACUGCGUUGUCACCACCGGAGCAGAAAAAGACGCUCGUGAAGCCAAAGACUCAGGAAGAAACCAAUAUGGCUACCGAGUCUGCGAAUUCAUUAGGGAAGGAGUUGCAAAAGAACGAGGACAUGGCCAAAACGUCUGCCACAAAAGGAGAGGACGAAGUUGCACCAAUAAAGACCCGACUCGCCGUCUCAUCCAUGAUCACUUACGUCCACGAUCGGAUCCUCACCCCUGAGAUGACACGCGCCAUGAUCAUUUUGUACAUCGGACCGCAUCACCGCCCAGAUUUCAAUACGGACUUCUUCCUGUCUCCCGUUUUGGCGCCAGAUGCUCUACUUGCUCGGUUCCCGAAGACGUACAUCAUGACCGGCGAGAGAGAUCCUCUCGUCGAUGACACCGUCAUCUUUGCAGGCAGAUUGCGCCAAGCAAAAUUGCACCAGUUCCGCGAGCGCCAAGAUCUAGGAUUGGAAGGUUCUAAACGCCCCUUUAACGAAAAGAACUAUGUCGAACUUUCCCUAAUCCCUGGAGUAUCGCAUGGGUUUAUGCAAAUGGCCGGGUUCUUCCCCGACGCGUGGAAGUAUAUCAACCGCAGCGCACAAUGGCUUGAGACAUUGUUUGAGAACAUGAAGACCGAUAACUUUGACUCUGAUCUGCUGAACCCUGGAAAGGCCCCUAGUAGCAGCAGUUCUCUCAAGUGGUCUCGUUCGACGCAUCAAGAGCCAAGUAUCACCCAAAAUGGACGGAACCACCAUCGCAGCUUCACUGGGGAAUCUUCGGCCGAUGACGAUAGACCAUUGGAAAUGGGUAUGAGUAAGAUCACGUCGUUGAAUGACAGCGAGAAUGUUUCCGCAUCCAAACCCGAGCAUCGGGCCCGACGCAGGAGAUCGCGAUCAUCCUUCGCUUCUUCGCAGUUCAGAGGAUUCACCUCAUUGAACGAUGAUAGCAGCGCAAAGGAUGACUUUAUUGCCAAGCUGCGGCAUCUAGAAAGAGCUAGUCGCCAAGAUAUGUUCGAUCCAGAUGAGACAAACAGUGCCCCUGAGAGUCCGGGUGCGUUCCGGCCCCGCGGCCGGAGUAUCGCCUCGCUUGAUAGUGAGGAGGAUCUCCUGGAUCGACGGAUGAACGGACUUGCCGGUGGCUUGAUGGGGAUAGGAGAGGGGGCGCAGACGCCUGGACCCUGA